AAAACCCCAGUUUAACGAAUUUCAAGCAAUUUUUAGAAUAUUUUGUCUUUUUUCCACGAAACAGACGUGACAACUGCGAAAUUAUUAUAAUUAUUUUAAUUAUUACUUUUUCAAAAUUAUACAAGAAUGUUAAUAAAAAAUAUUUAUAGAUUCGCUAUUAAAAAAAGGGGGUAAAAUGGUUUUUAUUCCCAGACCUGAAAAAAAUUCUUUUUUAUAAAUUUUAUCAUUGGAAAACUUUAAUUUCAAGUAUAAUUAUUAAUAGAAGGUUAUAUAAACAUUAAUAUUAAUUAAUGUGCACGUUUUUUGACAUAUGUCAUAUUAUAAUAACGAAAUUCGAAAUAUUGUUUAUUCUUGAAAAGUUUCGUACCAAGAUUAACAAUGGAGACUUUUACAUUUGCGACUCCGAUGGAUACGAUACAAAUGAUAUCCGUUUACACGUAUGUCACUCGAAUUGGACGUUAUUUAGGUGCCAUAAAUCAAUUAGUUGGUCCCAGACUCAGUCAAUUUGCGAUAUUAAAUUCAUUUAAUGCAUUCUUUUGGGAAGAUGAGGAGACCCACUAUGAUGAUCGUAUGGAUCUAAUUCGAAAAAUCAUAGCUGGCAGUGAUUUAUAUGGUGAAUAUUCAUAUGAAAAUCUAGAUCCAGAUUAUAUUUCACUAAUGUUCGACUAUAUUGUCUAUUCGACGGUUUUUAAAAAAUUCGGUAAUAUCUACGGAUUUUUGGGUGAAAUCGUACGCUCAUCGAAUACACUGAACAUUAAUACUAUUCUAAAUAAAGCACAUGGAACUUUGAAGAAUUUAACACUGAACAAUAAUGAUAAAGUUGAACUCGAUGAUGAUUUAUUUCUAAAAAUAUUCAAUGGAACAUUAUUACCACUAUUUCCGAAAACAAAAAAAUAUCUAACAUUGGAUUCGGUGAAUUUUAUCUACGCGCAGGCUGGUUGGACGUUGUACAAUAAUCCUGAUAUAAUAAUGGAAAAACGAAGUUAUUUUUUUAAUUUAAAUUCAAUAACUAAGGAUAUUGCUAGUGGUGAUGAUUAUGUGUUUGAUGAUUGUGUUGAAAUUGGAGUUGCAAUUGAGCAAUUGGUCAUUGAGGGUGAUGUUGAGAAGGAGGCUUUACAAAUUUUCGCCCUUCCGGCAUUUUUACUAUAUGUUCAUCAUUCAAAGGAGGAAUUAAAAAAUUUGAAUAUGAAAGAUAUUGUCAAUAGUCGGGAACAUUGGAAGAAAGCUUAUGAUCAACUAUUCGAUCAUUUACGAAAUCGAAUUGUUGGUGUACAACAAGCACUUGAUAUUGAUCCGAAUUUUCAAUACUAUUUGGCAGCAUUUGACUUUUACGAUCGUAGAGCACUUGCCGGUAAGGAAAUCGUUAUAAAUUGUGGAUCAAAGUACGUGGAACGUUUGGAAGUGGAAGUCGAUAUUUUUAUGAACAAUUCGGCUAAUUAUACCUGUUUUAAUAAUGCUGGGGAAGAAAGAUUAUUAUUUGAUUUAGAUAAAGUUUAUUAUCAGAAAUUUUCGGAAUUUUUGAUUAAAUACUAUCGUCACGUUAAGGAUGUGCAGUUCAGUGAAGUUAAUGAUUCAUUAGAAGAGAAAUGGAGAAAUAAUACUGAUGAUGCUACAAAUAAUGAUUUUUUGAAUAAUGAUGAUUCUUUAUACAACAGUGAGGAUAUUUUGAACAAAAAUGAUUCACUUUCUGUUGAUAAAAAUAUCACCCGAGAUUUUAGUCUGAUGUCAAUGAAAGUAAACGGAAAAAUCUUUACCUUCUGCAAUAAAUCAUCGUCAACGAUUUUCAAUAGUAAUUUUUUAAAUACAUUUCCCCUAACUAGGGAAAAGCUGGUAAAUUUUGAGAAACUUUACACCGAAGCACGAGGCAAACGAAAACAUUGCUUAUCAUCAUUUCUACCAUGCUUAGCGGGUCUUAUUCAAGGAAAUCCACAAAGUUCCUCAAACAAUUGUCCCGUGAAUGGUACAUUCAUUUUUCAAAAAUUACAAAUUCCGUUCAUUCUUCAUCAAUUUAUAACACCUUCAACUCGAACACUACUAAAUCAAUUUGGCAUUACUUUGAGAACAUUUGCCCUGAAACGAUCAAUGCUAACUGCGUUGUUAAAAGAAAAAUUUCUUUGGCAACAACCUGAGAGUAUGAAAUUUGUUCGAAACUUAACAAUAAGCAUACCUAGAUUUCCAGUUAUUGAUCGUGGUUUUGAUAUUGUUAAUUCAAUGAACGUUAGAGGUUUAGAAGCAAUGAAUGAUUUAUUGCACAAAAUUGAGACGCAUUUUUUCAUUUCGUACGAAUCGUUGUCACGUAAUUUUACUGUAAAGACACAAAUUGUGAACAGAACGGCCGAUGAAGUUAGUGUGGUAAAUAAUUUUAAAGUGUACCUCAAAAGAUUUUAUGGUAAACCAAGUACUUAUUAUGGUUUUAGAUUUAUUCUUACCUACGGUAAUAAAUUAGCUGAACUCAGAACUGUUGGAACUAAACAGGCAUUUGUUCAAUUAGUCAAUGUUACGGAGGAAAAUCGAGAUGUUUAUCAAAAAUUUAAUACUACUAAUAGGGAACUAUAUGGUAAUUUAUUUUAUCAUACAAGAGAGGGAACGUUAAACAGAAAGAAAAAUUAAAGAUUCAACGUAGAUUCUAAAAAAAAAUUAGAAAUAUUUUUUUUUGUUUAUAACACGAUAGCUCGUUUCCUAUUCAAUUACAAAUAAGAAUCAUGUUUAUAAAUAAAGUUCAGUAAUUUUUAAGUAUUAAUAAGAUUUCAGUUCAAUAUUAUUACUUAAAAUUUUAAAAAAGAAAAUUUUU